GUUACCGUUACUGUAAUAAUUAUUAACCAAAUUUAAUAGGCCUAAAUAAAUAAUAGGCCUAGCCUAAAAUAAAAUAAACUCCACUGGGUCCCUCCACUGACUACUGAUCGAUACACUCACCGACAGAUGUUAGGCUACUGUUAAAAAAAUGCCUGGAGGUCGCAGGAUAUUUUCACGAAUACAGGCAGGCAACUCUUAUUCAUCUGGAAAAGGAUCUGGAUCUGGAAGCCAUGGCCCAGAUGAGGGCGUGCCACUAGCCUCCAUGGUUGUCCUACCCAAACACAGCCACCUGCCAGAUAUUCCAGGAGAUGGAAAUCUCUACUUUGAGUGCAUGCUUUUUGUCUUUGGCAUCAUAAUGAUGUGCCUCCAGUAUAUCAACCUCUACAAAACUGUCUGGUGGCUGCCCCAGUCACACGCCCAGUAUGCUCUGAACUUCUACCUGAUUGAUUUCUACCUUGUUGGUUUUAUAUCCAUUAUUCUUUCCAUCCGUUUUAUCAUUUGUUUCACACAAGAGGUACAUGGCAGUAGAAUACUGUACUGGUUUGUUCAUGGGGUCAAGGUUAUCCUGGUCUUUCUGGCCAUCAAUGGGGUCAGCUUCAACUGUUAUCAGAUUCUUCUGGAAUACGGCUUUAAGACAUGUCUGUUUCUUGCCUACCCUGCAGUGAUCUAUCUGAUACUGUUUGGCUUUGCCAUUAAACCACUCUACCAGCGCAACUUAGCCUGGCCGAGGCCAGCACUGGGAGUUGACAAACAGGCCGACAGGGCCCAGAGGUACAAGGCCAAGGACGAGGCACCUUUAGGCCACACCUGCACAUUGACACCAGAUGUUGUCAGGGAAGAGGUGGACACCCUGAAGAAAGACUUCAACAGCAGGUUAAAGCAGGUCCUCUUUAACUCCUUGACCACGUCAUUCUAUGCCACAGGAGUCCCUGUCUGGUUCUCUCAGAACGCACACAGUAAUUGUGAUGCAUGUUGGAACACACUGUACUAUGACUCAUGGUGGAUGUGGCAGCACGUGUGCUUGACGUGGCUGAGUGCGGUGCUGAUGUUGACCUGCCACUUCCUGCCCCCUCACUACCUGCACCUCCUACAUAAGAGUGCCCGGCAUCUGGGCAGAUGGCAGAGAAUGGAAGCCAGACAUGCUCACGUUCCUUAUAAUGCAUGGUCUGAACUCCAAGUCUGGCCACAAGGAGCUCUGGUCAAGCAUGUGAAAGGGCUGUUUAAAGCUGAAGGCAUCAAUGUAACAGCUGAACCAGGAAACAGCUUACACAGCAGAUUCUAUCUACUGUUCCACCAGCCGCUGCGGGUCAUGAACUGGCUGGUGUUCCUGACCUGCCUUGUGGUGGGCUACCAGUUUUUCUGCCUGGUCCAGAGCUCUGAGUGGAGCCAUGUUGUCUCCCUGGCGCUGCUCAUGUUCUGUAACUUCUACACGCUCUUUAAGCUGAUGAGGGACUGGUUUCUCAUGGGGAAAGUUUACAAAGACCAUGAUUAUGGCUUAUCAAAUUAAAUGCUUCUUUGUCACGUC